AUGUUUGUGAAUAACAGUGGAGUAACUUACACCGGUACCCGUCACACAUCGGCUCUGUCGCUUAAGGGGAACCGCAGAGAACGACAGGCGAGCCCCCAGCCUAUGUACUGCACUACUUCAAGAUCUCAUUAUAAAGUCAUCCACUUCUCGCAGUCUCAUUAUGAAGACGCCCACUCCUCACAGUCUCAUAAUAAAAUCAUCCACUUCGCACAGUCUCAUUGUGAAGACAUUCACCCCUCACAGUCUCAUUAUGAAGUCAUCCAUUCCUCAGAGUCUUAUUAUGAAUGUAACCACUCCUCGCAGUCUGAUUAUGCAGACAUCCACUUCUCACAGUCUCAUUAUGCAGACAUCCACUUCUCACAGUCUCAUUAUGCAGACAUCCACUGCCCACAGUCUCAUUAUGCAGACAUCCACUGCCCACAGUCUCAUUAUGCAGACAUCCACUUCUCACAGUCUCAUUAUGCAGACAUCCAUUUCUCACAGUCUCAUUAUGCAGACAUCCACUGCCCACAGUCUCAUUAUGCAGACAUCCACUGCCCACAGUCUCAUUAUGAAGUCAUCCAUUCCUCAGAGUCUUAUUAUGAAUGUAACCACUCCUCGCAGUCUCAUUAUGCAGACAUCCACUUCUCACAGUCUGAUUAUGACUAUGAGGACAUUCAUUGGUAUUAUGAAUACCAAUUGACACACAAGAUUUUUAUGCAAUAG